AUGGUCUUUAAAAUUGUUUCAUUAUUGUUUGUAUCUUCAUUGGCUUUGGCUUAUGAUAUGUAUGACUUUGAAGAUGCACCACCUGGAUAUGACUUGAGACCAACAAGACAAAGACUCUUAACUCGAUUAGAAGAAGGAUUGAAACGUAUGUUUGAUAAUUGUGAUUAUAUCAUUCAUCGUAUUACAAUGAACAGAGGUGUCUUCAGUGAUGGUUAUGUAAGAAGCGUUGAGAGAAUAAUUGAGGCUGUUCGUUUGAUGAAAGCCGAAGCAAAUGUAGCCAAAUCAAGAAACACAGAUUCUGCAAUGAAUGAAAUGUUAUUAAAUAUCAACCGUAUUCUUGAAAAAGAAUCAUUUGUAAGAAACGCAAAAGAUGCUAUUCGCAAAGGUAGACGUGUUGGAAGAAGAGCAAAUGCUAUUAUUAGAGAUCAGGUACAUCUUGGAAGAUUGAUUACCUCCCUCAACUUAAUGAAUGGAAUUGGUAAAGAACUGGUAGAUAUGUUCGAAGCUUUCAACACUGAUAGAUUUGUUUUAGUCAACAGAUAUUUUGCUGAACUUAAGUCUAAACUCAGACAAAUUUGA